UGACGUUAGGACAGAUUUAAAAGAAUAUCAUUAAUGACCUGCUUAUUGGUAAAUUAGACAAACUGAACAGAUAUUUAAGGAGGUGUACUAAUAUUAUAGUCUCACUUGGUGAUUAUGAUGAUGACAAUAAAGGUAUUUGUGUGUAUCAGCUUCCUAUGGGCUGCUGUCCACAUCAGGGAAGGCAAUGCACUGGUUGAACCCCUUGAAUAUUUACCACAAGAUCUACAGGAUAACCUGAAUAUAUGUCAAGGUUCUGGCGAUUUGACACAGCAGUCAGCUAGAACGGUGUUUUGGACUUCAAUUAAUCAGUUCUGCUCAAAGUUUGUACACAGCAGACCAGACUUAACGCCACGCCAAGCUGCCUACUUAACGAAUUCAUUGCAAGACGCCUUUGCUCCAUUCUAUCCCAAUACCAAUGGAAGAGUGAAAAGGCAAGCAGCUCUUGCACCCCGAACAAGGCAAGAAAUACGGACAUUGUCAGACAGGCAGCGAAGAAGUUUUUUUGCAGCAGUAAAUGCUAUGAAACGAAACACGCUUUUGCCGCCUAACGUCUACGACUUCUUGGCAGAUUACCAUCGAGGUAAUAAUCUUAGAGCUGCCCAUGUUGGACCCGCAUUUGCAUCUUGGCAUCGGCUAUAUUUGUGGAUAUUCGAAUAUUUCCUCCGACGUGAAGACCCAGCGGCCACACUUCCAUAUUGGGCAUCAAUGUUUGAUAAUGGUAUAGACUUUAGAGAGUCGGUCCUUUGGCAUGAAACGUUUCUUGGCAAUGGAGAUGGUCAACCACGAAAUGGACCAUUCCGAGACUGGCCACAACUGACCCCAGGAAGAGUGUUCACACGUAACGUACAAAACUUAGAAUUAUACACGUGGGACGGUAUCGCAAGAAUACUCAACCAAAUAAGGAACGCGAACAUAAGUUUUCCGACAGCCCCAGCAGAUUCCAAUUUAGAAUCACAGCAUGGAGGUCCCCAUAUCGCUAUAGGCGGAUCAAUGAGCAGCUUAGAUUUCGCCACUCGUGACCCUAGUUUUUUUCUCCAUCAUGCUUUUGUCGACGCGCUUUGGUGGUGGUUUAGACGAAAUCAAACAAGAAAUGGCAUAAAUCCUGAAACUGAUUAUCCAUACAAUGCUAACGAUCCAAGAUUUAGAAGAGAACAUGCCCCAGAUUAUAAUGCUGGCUUUGCAGGAUUGAGUGGAGCUAGUACAUGGAGGCAGCGACUAGGAUUCUUAAAUGAAUUAGAUCGACUAGUCAGAUACCGACCAAUACCAGAAUGUCCAUGCGGUAAUUCACGAUAUUUGCGCUGUGAUGAUAGAACAAAUCGUUGUAGGGCUAUAACCAUAGCUGAACUAGAAACAGCAAAUCUGUUAAGUAGUUCUGCCAGAACAGCUGGGAGAAAAAAACGAGCACCUACCUUUAGCAUACCUCUGCCACAGGAUACCAGUUUUGAUGUUUGUCCUAGAAGAUCAUAUCUCAAUGAUAUUGAUACUAGAAGACUAGGCUGGUCUGAGCCAAUGUCUAAUAAAAAUUCCGAAGAAUGGUCCUAUAUUUCCGUGAAGGUCGUGGCAAAACGCGCGAUGGAGUACCACGAGUUCGACAAAUAUUCAUUGUAUAAUCAAGGUAGAAAUGCACAAUUUGGACAAAAAGAUGAACUAUUUAGGCCAGGUAUACAAAAAAGGUACCAAAACUGCGAAAAGAAUCAAGAUGCGGUUGGUAAAAUUACUAUCGUUUCCCACGGUCUCAAUUAUCAUGGUUACGCUGAAGAAUAUGCAAUUUUAGAUAAUAGACUAGGUGUGUCGGAAGCCAAAGCGGUGAUUCCAGUCAAAAUGCCCACAGCAUCCCACCCAACUGAAGCGAUAAUCGCAGCGUUUGAUUCGUGCGGAAGAGCAUGUAAACCAUAUCUAAAAAAAGGAACAACUGGUGCUAUGUUUACCGACAGCCAUUUUACUGGUGGCAUCAGAGUAUCCCGAACUGCACCUCAACAGUACGCUAAUUCGUAUAAAGAUGCUCUUCUAAAGAUGUGGGAUGUCCCUUCGCAAUCUUCCUGUCCAAACGUAAACUAUGACAGCAUUCCGCUUUCAUUCUUCUGCGAAUACACUGAUACAUGGAUAUGGGGUUCUGCCAAUACUAUGCCCGGUGGAGGACAUGGUAUGGUUGAUCAAGGUCAGGGAUCUCACAUGAGGCCUUGGCAAGGAUCUCAAACUGGGCUUGGGCAGGGAUCGAACACUGGAUGGCAAGGGGUUCACAGUCGACCUGGACAAGAACCUGAUGUUGGACGUGGACAAGGAUCGCUUACUGGAUCUGGGAUAGACAUAGGCAGAAUGCCACCUUUAAGACGAGGUGGUAGAGUGACAGGAGGUCGUAGAAGGCAUGGUGAUAGAACUUACUCACACGACCGAGUAAGACCAAGGCGGCCAUCACAUAGAUUAUUAGAUCUACAUUUCCCCUGGAGUUCGCCCGUACCUCCAGUAAGACCCGGCCCGGUAUACCACCAUUUAGAGGCUCGUCGAGGUCCACAUCACUAUCUAGAGAUUCCUCGAGGUCCACAUCACCGUCUAGAGGCUCAUCAGGAUCCAUACUUCCCCUACCCGGCCGUUAUUCCGGGAGAACUGUUCGGAGCCGGGCCGUCUGGGUUUAAUUACGCAAGACAUCCAUGUAUAUGGUGCUUUAAAAUAUUUAGAUAAAAUAAGUUAAGAUAGUGUUGUACAAGAGGUACUUGUAUAUGAUUUUUUCUUUUGUUUUUGUUGUUACUGUUGUUGUUGUUGUUUCUGUUGAUGUUUUAUUUGCUGCGCUCUUUUUUGAGGAGUUAGAAAAACAAAAUCAAGUCUUUGAGUUCUUAUUUUUACCAGACUACUAUCAUUUAGUUCAUCAUUAAUUGAUUUAAUUAAUUAAAUUAAUUAACUGAUAACGCUGUCUUAAAUAGAAAAACGUGUAUGCUAGAAUAGAUUAGUCUUCCGUGUAAAGCGAAUGUACUGCAAAUAACAAUAAUAAUAAUCAUAAUAAUAAUGAUGAUAAUAAUAUGUAUAAUGAUAAGGAUAAUAAUAAUAAUGGUUAUAAUAAUAUAAAGGUUCAUUUAAAGAGGAUAAUAUUUUUAGCUAUAGCUAGUGUAACAUAUUGACCUCGAACAUGACAAUUUAAAAACUCUGUUCAUAGUAUGUAACAUAGACAGUGAAGUAAAAGACGUGAAUGAAAAUAACGUAUUCUGAACAAAUUAUUCCUUAGCGGCAUAUGCAGUAUGUAGUACAUUGAAAAGACAUUUUAAAUCGAGGAAAUAUCAGAAGGUAAAAUUAUAUACAAGUUUUUAAAGAAUAAAUGUUAUUUGUAAUCCGCGGACC